AAAAUAUAGUGGAGCGUGGAAGACCAAAGCGAAAUGCACAAUCACCUAAUCGGUACACAUCAGCUGAAGAUAGUGCUACACGAAAGAGAAGAAAACAAAUUGCCAAAAGAAGAGAAGAAAUGAGCUAUUUUCUGCCAAAAAAUUAUGGUCCUUUUGCAGAGGAUCCCACAGAGCCACCACCAAAUGAAGAAGUUGAGAAGGUGCGGGUAUUUCUGAAAACUGGAUUGCUGAAGCGGUUGAAGAAAAAUGGAAGAUUCUAUACAAUGGGAGAAGACAACAUGAGCAGUGAGCCGAUGUUAUUUGACACUAUGAAAAUAGAGUCUAAGACAUGGCUAUACAAGCUGUUUAUGAACACAGAAUGGCUAGAUACGACGCAUAUUGAAAUUGGGAUGUUCUACUUGGCUAUUAAACAAUUUCAAUUCAAGCUCCAAUUCCCCUACGCUACAUGCAGCCCUUAUUUCUUGGAAGUCUUGAAGCGGGAACAUGAAAAAAUACUGAUUUCACAGUCCACGGCUGAAAAGGCAGCAGAAGUUUCAGUUAUAGAGAACCAUAUCUUGGGAACUUCCUGGAAGUAUACCCUUAGCUGGGCAGAAUCUGACUAUGUAUUUAUGCCUCUCAACACGGGAAAUCACUGGGUCUUACUAGUCUUGGAGGUGAAAGAAAGAAAGAUUCGGGUUUAUAAUUCGCUAAGCAGAAGAGGGGAAUCUACAAGGGAGAUUAGACAAUAUAUUCCAAGUGUGCAGUGCCUGCUCCCGAAGAUCAUGGAUAUCCAUAAAGUGUAUGGAGAUAUUGGAGAAGAGACCAUGGGAGAUAGGAAACUAGAGGUGGAAGGUGUUCCAGAGUGUCCACAGCAAAAUGAUGGGGGAAAUUGUGGUAUGUAUGUGUUAAAGAUUGCAGAAUUCUUGAUAAUGGGCAUGGACAUUAAUGAGAUAGAUGGAGAUGACAUGACGAUGUAUAGAGAGAAAAUGACCACCGAGCUCAUCCUGUAUAGCAAAAAGAGGACCAAGGAAAUGAAGAAAAAACAACAAGUGAAGACAGAGAGAAAGUGAUGC